AUGCCUCUGAAAUGGAAAAGCGGCUCUCCGGUCAGCUGGAAAUUCCCCGUGCCUGUGCUUAAGACCUCCAGGUCCUCCCCGCUGUCUCCAGCCUACAUCCACCAGCACUCCUUUGUGGUGUGGACCACCCACUCUCUGCUUGCUGCAUCUCCAACCUAUCACCUGACAGGAUCUCUGGUGGAGGAUGAUGAUGCUCAUAUGAAGGUUUCUCUCGGCUGUGGUGAAAUGGGUCUCUCUGCCCACCUGCAGGCCUCAAAAACGGGCAACACGCGCUUCUUCACCAGUAACACACACAGCUCAGUCGUCUUACAGGGUUUUGACCAAUUAAGGAUAGAGGGCCUGCUGUGUGAUGUCACAUUAGUUGCUGGCGACGGUGAUGAGGCGUUUCCUGUCCAUCGAGCUAUGAUGGCGUCAUCCAGCGACUACUUCAAAGCCAUGUUCACAGGUGGGAUGAAAGAGCAGGAUCUCAUGUGUAUAAAGCUGCACGGGGUGAACAGGAUCGGCCUGAAGAAGAUUAUAGACUUUAUCUACACCGCCAAACUCUCGCUCAACAUGGAGAACCUGCAGGACACACUGGAGGCAGCCAGCUUUCUGCAAAUCCUGCCCGUGCUCGACUUCUGCAAAGUGUUCCUCAUCUCCGGGGUGUCUCUGGAGAACUGUGUGGAAGUGGGCCGUAUUGCCAAUGCCUACAACCUCACAGAGGUGGACAAAUACGUCAACAACUUCAUCCUGAAGAACUUCCCUUCAUUGCUGGGCACGGGCGAGUUUGUCAAGCUGCCCUUCGAGCGCCUGGCUUUCGUCCUGUCCUCCAACAGCCUGAAGCACUGCAGCGAGCUGGACCUGUUCAAAGCUGCCUGCCGCUGGCUGCGCUACGAGGACGGCCGCAUGGACUACGCUGCUAAGCUAAUGCGCAACAUCCGCUUUCCGUUAAUGAGCCCGGCGGACCUCAUCAACCACGUACAGACAGUGGACUUCAUGCGUACGGACAACACUUGCGUCAACCUCCUGUUAGAAGCCAGCAACUACCAGAUGAUGCCGUACAUGCAGCCGGUCAUGCAGUCGGAACGGACUGCGAUCCGCUCGGACAGUUCGCACCUGGUGACACUAGGGGGCGUCCUCAGACAGCAGCUGGUCGUUAGCAAGGAAUUACGACUUUUUGACGAGAAAGCGCACGAGUGGAAGGCACUGGCGCCCAUGGACGCUCCCCGGUAUCAGCACGGCAUCGCAGUCAUUGGCAACUUCCUGUAUGUGGUGGGUGGCCAGAGCAACUACGACACUAAGGGCAAGACAGCCGUGGACACGGUGUUCCGUUAUGACCCACGCUAUAACAAGUGGAUGCAGGUGGCAUGUCUGAACGAGAAGAGAACAUUCUUUCACCUGAGCGCGCUCAAAGGGUACCUGUACGCUGUGGGAGGGAGGAACGCGGCAGGAGAGCUGGCGACAGUAGAGUGCUAUAACCCCAGGACAAACGAGUGGACAUACGUGGCGAAGAUGAAUGAACCACACUACGGUCAUGCUGGAACAGUCUAUGGAGGCUACAUGUACAUCUCGGGUGGCAUCACCCAUGACACCUUCCAGAAGGAGCUGAUGUGCUUCGACCCAGACGCAGACAAGUGGACGCAGAAGGCCGCCAUGACGACGGUACGCGGGCUGCACUGCAUGUGCACGGUGGGUGACCGACUUUACGUGAUCGGCGGAAACCACUUCCGGGGUACGAGCGACUACGACGACGUGCUGAGCUGCGAGUACUACAGCCCGGCACUGGACAUGUGGACGCCCAUCGCAGCCAUGCUGCGCGGCCAGAGCGACGUGGGCGUGGCCGUCUUCGAGAACAAGAUCUACGUGGUGGGCGGCUACUCAUGGAACAACCGGUGCAUGGUGGAGAUCGUGCAGAAGUACGAUCCGGACAAGGACGAGUGGCACAAAGUGUUCGACCUGCCAGAGUCACUGGGCGGGAUCCGAGCGUGCACACUGACCGUCUUCCCUCCGGACGACCUGUCGCUCGCCGGCUCGCCCAGCCGAGAGAGUCCGCUGUCCGCCCCCUGAGGAGUGGGCGAGAGAGAGGGGCUGAAUCCCAAUUGGCUCCCUGUUGGACAUACAGUGCACUAUUUGGGUCUUGAAAGCUGUUGUUUCAUGACCUAUCUAGUGCACUGUAGCCACUAUAGCACAAAAGGCUCCCUUUGCUACUGUGUAGGAUAUAGGGAGCAAUUUGAGAUGCAGCCAGUGAGAGAGAAACUGAAAAACAGACACUGGAGGAGACUGGUGGACAGAUGACUUGUCAGAUGGAUAGAUAAGUUUUUCUUCCUAUAUGCUCGCUCUCUCAUUCGUUCUCUCUCUCGCUGGCUGAAUCUCGAAUAGCUCCCUGCUCUCUAUAUGGUGCACUAAACUGGUGAAAUAGUACACUGUAUAUCCACACUCUCCCAGCUGAGAGCAUGCUGAGUCCCAAAUGGCUCACUAUUGGACACACAGUGCACUGUUUGGGUCUAGAAGCCAGUAUUUCAUGACCUAUGUAGUGCACUGUAUCCACUAAAGUGCACAAAUGGCUCACUGUCACUAUAUAGUAUAGGGGUCCGUUUGAGACACAGCCAAAGAGUGAGAAACUAAAAAAAACACACUUAAUGAGACUGACGGAGAAAUCUCUCUCUCUUCACUCUUUCUCUCUCUGACUGAAUAUCUAGUGGCUCUGUACUCCCUGUAUUGUGCACUACAUUAGUCAAAAUAGUUCACUGUAUAUGCACACACACUCUCAUGCUGGUCAGCUCUGCCAGUUGAGAGAGAGUGUGCUGUCCACUUACUGGGUGAACAAGGGAGUGAGUCAGAGAGAAAGAGGGAGAGAUUUUGAGUUCCAGCUGGCUCUCUUUUGGACCUAUAGUGCACUAUAUGUGUGUAGGUGCCAUUAUUUCAUUAUCUUUGUAGUGCACUAUUUUUGGGUAUGAUAUAGGGCAUAGGGAGCCAUUGAGACACUGACUAAGAUUGACGGAUGGGCAGAAAGCUUGGAUGGAUGGAUAAGUUUCGUCCAUUUCUCUUCCUCUAUGGGCUCUCUUUCUCUCUGGCUGAUCCGCAAAUGGCUGGCUACCUCCCUGCUCCCUACCUAGGGCACUCGGUAUGUCAUGAAUUAAUGGCAAAUAGUUCACUACAUGUCCACUAGGGAGCCGUUUGGGUUUCAGUCUCUCUCUCUCUCUCUCUCUCUCUCUCUCUCUCUCUCUCUCUCUCUCUCUCUCUCUCUCUCAAUUAGUGCACUACUUGGGUGAUGAUGCUGUUAUUUAAUGACCUAUAUAGUGCACUAUAUAGGGAAUAAGAAGCAGUUUGAGAUACAGCCAGAGCAAGUGAAUAACAGACUAUAGACACUGAACGAGUGAUGGAUGGACAGACGGAUGGAAUUCGAUUUGACAGAUCGAUGUCUUGUCGGAUGGAUGAGUUGGUCCGUUUCUGUUCUUCGGCGGUCUCUCUCUCUCUCUUCCCCUCUCUCUUCCCCUCUCUCUCUCUUCUCUCUCUCUCUUCUCUCUCCAGGAAAAAGACAAUGUUUGCACUUCCCCUCCCGAUUUUGUCUGAGCGGCGUCUGUGGUGAAGCCCCGCCCCUUUCCCCCACUCCUCUCCUCUUUGCGAUCUAUGCUGAAGACUCCUCAUCCCUCCAUCCCUCUCUACCUUCUCUCCUCCUCAAAUUUUACUGCGACAGGAAACACCAACCUAAUGACAUGUUGAUGUUACGUAUUUGUUUUUUAUUAUUAUUAUUAUUAUUAUUAUUAUUAUUAUUUUGUUUUUGUUUUUAUUUCUCACCUUUGGCAGGAAUAACCUUGACUUGAAAAAGAA